GAUAAUUAUGUAUUUAUUCAAUUAAUUUACAAACAUUACUACAACAUCUCACAAAACAAGCCAAAAUUUUUGCCAUGUCUCUAUUUUGAGAACAUAAUGAAAAAUACUUAUGUAAGUAAGUACCUACCAAAUCAAUUUAAAUGUUUAAUGACAAUUGGAAUAAAUAAAUAUAAUGAGCUUAUGAUGUUUUUUCAAAUUGCUCGUGCUUAGUUAGUUGGGUACUACAUUUUUAAAUUAAAACUUACAAAUUUUCACUCACUGGUUUGAAAUGUUAAGAAAAUAUGUACUGAUGCAUCUUUAAGAUGAAAUUUAUUCAUUUGCAGUCGUUUAUAUUUCAAAAAUGGAAAUUUUUUACGCAAAACAUAAUUUUGUUCUGUUCUAAAACGUAGAAUAUGAAACCAUACGAGAAAGUAGUAGGUAGAGUUACUGUACCUAAACCUACUCAUGCUCACUAUCAGAAAGGCCCAUUGAGUUCCUGAUGGGCAAAAGAACUGAAAUAAAAAACGAAAACUAAAACUGAUACCAAUAUCAUAUCUACCUAUGGAGCUGAUUUACAAUUUGAAUAUGCGUAUUCUUUUAUACUUGUGAUAGGUAACAGAAUUAAAAACACAUUUAGGGCUAGAUUGCACUUAUUACUUACCUACCUACCUACCUACCAUACAUUAUGAGAACAUCACUCAGCUGAACAGUGUAAAAUACAUACUUCAACAGUUGUCAAUUAAAGGUCAUUUUAAAUUUUUAAAACAUGAAAUCAAUGCCUGACAAUACAUGUAAUUAUUUAAUUUAAAUGACAUGCAUAUUUAAACAUUUUAUGUAGAGCACUUAUGAAUCUCGUAGUCGCAGUUCGAGUACUCUAAAUGAAUCGAACUACGUAUUUAGUAAAAAUAGGUAUAUGUAUGUAGUUGGAUAAGUACUCGAUAGUCGAUACUAGGUGUGUACUAGGUAGGUAUAUAGGUAAUGAAUGAAAAUAUAUGGUGCGUGAGAUUGUACGAUUGGUAAUUAAGAAAUAUUUCGUUUAUUUGUCGCAUGUUUAGUAUUCCAAAAUGUCAGCUUUCAUCCUGUCUCUACUUUUGCUUUUAAUUUCAAUGAACCUAAUAAUUGUUUACUGCGAAGAUUCGCUCUUGUUUGCCGAAGAUACUUUAAGAGACUCUCAUGGAGAAAUAAUUUUUUCAUCAGUGAUUUUUCGACAUGGAGAACGAUCACCAAUAACUAUGUAUCCCAAAGACCCUUAUCGAGAUGAGUCUUAUCGACAAGAAUAUUGGCCGCAAGGACGAGGCCAACUAUCAAAGAUCGGUAAACUCCAAGAAUAUAAUUUAGGAAAAUGGUUUCGCAAAAGAUACGAUUCUCUGAUCUCUGACGGAUACAAAUAUGAUUUGCUGAAAGUAGAAAGUUCAAAUUUAGACCGUACAAUAAUGAGCGCCGAAUGUUUCAUGGCUGGAUUUUUUCCUCCUUCGUCAAGUGAAAUGUGGACAGAUGACGGGUUAAGAUGGCAACCGAUUCCGAUUCGUGCAAUUCCAUCCGAGCUUGACGAUAUGAUUGACUUUAAAGUCGACUGUAAAAGAUUCGAAUUAGAGAAAGAUCUAUUCAAUGAGUCUCCUGAAGCACAAGAUUUCUAUUUGAAGCAUCAGAAACUAUUCAAUUACGUCGCCGCAAAUACUGGAUUAAAUAUGUCUUCGAAUAACGUUCUACGAGCUAUUGAUAAUAUUUUUUACUUGCAUGAUGCUUUGUUCAUCGAGCAAUCAAAGAAUUUAUCAUUGCCAGCUUGGACUGAAUCCAUAUAUCCUGAGCCUUCGAAACGAUUUGCAUCCCUCAGUUUAUUACUCGUGGCGUACUCUCACCAAAUGCGAAGGAUUAAAGCUGGUCCUCUAAUAGGUAAACUCGUAGAAGAGAUGGAACUAAAAAUGAAAAAGAAACUAAAUGCAAAAUUUCAUUUUUACUCUGGUCAUGAUUCUACAAUCUCCGGAUUACUCACAGCGCUGGAAAUGUACAAAGAUAUUUUCAUAUGGCCUCCGUACAGUGCGUCCGUAAUUAUCGAAUUGAGGCAAAAGGAACAAAAUUACGUCGUGACGAUUUUGUAUCGGAAUUCGACCACUUCUCCACCGCAGCAUCUGCGUCUACGAGGUUGUGAGUAUGUCUGUACGUGGGAUAACUUUAAAGCAUUGAUUCAAGAUUUGAUUCCCGAGAAUGUAGACGAUGAGUGUGAGUCAAAUUUGGUUAAAAAAGUCUCAACAUCAAAUGAUCAUAAUAUCUUUCAACAGAUGAUUAAAUCUGUAGGUCUUGAUACAAAAACAGAAAGCCCUUAAACUUUGAUUAAUAUUGUUAUGAUUCAUAACCGAACUUAUACAUAGAGCAGCUAUAAAGCUAACAAUAUUACGAUAACAUUUCAUUAGUUUUUUCGAAAGAAAAAAAAAUGAUAUUUAUACUCAUCAAAAGUAAGCUGUAAUAUCAAUAGGCUAUACGAGAGCUAAGAAAAGUUAUUUGAUUUUUUUUUUUUUUUUUUUGAAAUCAGAGUUACUUGAAUAGGUAUACCUUAGUUUGUUCAAGGGUUUCAAAUUUAUGAAAAAAAAUUCAUGAAAUUCAUAAAUUUUCAAACAUUAAUGGCAGCUUCAUAAUAAAAUUUCUUUAUAAUUUUCGAGCGUUGACUGUUCUACCUACUAAGUGGCGCUAGAUACCUACUUCAUGAAAAUUAUUCUCUUUUCAUUAAUUUGUAAUGUAACAAAGUGAUUAUUUGUAAUAGGUAUUUAUUUUAGAUAAGGAAAAAAGGUUCUGGCAAUUUUUAUCGAAUGCGAUCAGAUUAGAUUGAAGAGAAAAUUACAAAACACGAGUGUUAUCGAAUUACUUACGCAAAUAGCAAUGUUUAAUCACGAGUAUUUUUCCGUUUAACUAUUUGCAUGUUACAGUGUAAUUGAAGAAAUUACUUGGGAAUAAACAAUUCAAUGAGUUAGUAGGUAGGUGUUCAAUUCGUAUAGGUUACCAAUUAGAAUACUUAAGUAUUUUUUUUCAAGAUAUGUAAGUACUACACGUAAAUAAAAAAUAAAUAGUUAUGUACUUUUAAAUGUUUGCUUAUAUUUUCUCGUUCAGGUUUUUUUUCAUCCCCUUUCACCCUUAUACCAUUGAUCUGUUUUAAUAUCGCCUACAUUUUUUCCCCAAAGAAAUAAUUAUCGCAACAAGAAAUUACAUGGAAGAUGGAAGUUGCAUGUAACUUUUCAAAUUUCCAGGUACCUACUACUCGUACCUACCUACCUAACUGUUUCAAUCUCUUUCGUUUUCCCAUAAUUCUUAGUAUGUAUGUUCUUAUGAAGAAGACUUUCUUCAUCAAUUCCUUUAAAAACUUCGGUAAAUACUCGGAGAAAAUUUCUUGAAAUUGAAACAUGCACUCGUUUUCCACUAUAUAUGUUAGAGAUUUUUUACUCGAGUCACAUUAAUUAUUGAACCACUUACAAGACGAUUAGGCUUACACUAUUCCGAGUUUUUUUUUUAAUCCAGAGGGGAAAAACGUAGCUACACGUGAAACGUAAAAAUUAAAAAUGACUUGGCAAUUCACGAGUUUCAUUUUGCCAACUUUAAUUGCCAUUGAUUUCAUUUGUUUAAUGUUGAUGCCAUUCAUAUGUUUUUGAAAUUUGUAUGUGCAAAGUAGGUAAGUGCUUAUUUUUAUGUACCUACGAACGUUAGAAUUUAAGAAUUAAAAACGUUAGUAUCUAAUUUCAGUUUUUCCGUUUUUCCAUUUUUUUUUUCAAAUUAAUUUAAUAGAUGACCUUAAAUAGGUACAUAUUAAUGAUUUCAAAAACUAUUUUGCGGAUUUUGAAUACCUGAGUAAUUAUACUUGAAAAAGAACUUCACUUAUACGGUAAUUAGCCAUAAAAAUGAUAAGAAAAUAAGAUGUACAUACUUACGCUUAGUAAGAAGAUACACGCAUAAAUUUUAAUUAUAAAAUAAGAUGCUCUGUAGUUAUAAUUUUUCUCAAUAUUCUUAAAUUAGAAUAAAUUCGAACCAAAAAUAGAAUGUUAAAAUGAUAGCCAAUCAACUUUCAAGACUUCUCGAGUAUCUACUGUAUUACCCAAUUAAAUAACUACCUAUUAUAUAAAAAAAAAAAUCAUUCGAGAUACAAAUAAUUAAUACAUAGUCUAUCUGUGAUAAAUUUAAAAAUACAUAAUUAUGUAAGUAAGUAGUAAGUUGGUAGUUUUUUCAAUAUCCGAGCUCAACAUUGUAUGAAAUGUAUUUUCCAAUAUUAAAAUCUUAAUGCAUCAUAUAAAUAUAAACAAAUAAAUUAAACGAUUUUUUUCAUUUCUUUA